AUGCCAACUAUCAAAAUAAUAUGGAGUAUAAAAUAUCUUUCUAAUAUUUCGUGGUAUAAGGAUAUUUUGGAAGAACUAAAUUCUUAUGCAAAUGAUGAGCUCUUAACAAUCGAAGUUUAUAUUACUCGAGAUAAAAAUGAGGGACGUUCAAUGCACACUGUGGACAGAAAGAUUGACAAAGAAAACCAGGAGAAAGAGGUGGUAGAGUUGCUGGAGGGAAAAGUUGAAUCUAGUACUAUACAGCUCUCUACUUGCUCAAGCUCUUGCGCUAGAAGCCCCAGUGUUUUAUCCCCGUUUUUCGAUAUGACAAAUAUAGACGUAUACUUUGGUAGAGUCGACCUUUCGAUGGCCCUUGAGGACCAGUCCCGUAUAUAUGAAUCAGAAAGCCAACGCAAAUCCCUUGCUGUCAUAGGAUGUGGGUCUCGCUCAUUUGUUGAUUCUAUCAAGUAUAGCUGUCAGACAAAUCGAUGGAAAAAGAAUUCACCAGAUAUAUAUUGUACCACCGAAAGUUACUAA